CGUCCGUCACCUGUUAAUUCGGCGGCUUCUGCGCGCCUCUUCUAUCCGCUCCUUUACCCUUGGCCAUUUUUAUUUUCGCAUACGCGACCGACAUCCCGCGAUGACCGACAAGCUUCCCCCCAACCUGCUCGCGCUCUUCGCGGCGCGACCUCCGUUGCGAUGGGUCGAGCCCCCGGACCAUGCGCCGCAGCUUCGCAAAACCGCACCCGUCAGCGGAGUCGCGGCCUUCCUGCCCGAGCUACAGAAAUACAAAGAGACCGACGACUACAAGCCCACCGAGAGCUGGCUGCAAGCCCGCGACCGCAAGACCCGAGAGAAGAAGGAGGCUGUGCAAAAGCUCCUUGCCGAGGCGCCAACUACUUACAAACCCAACGAAGACCCCAAUGUUCGCGGCGACGCCUUCAAGACACUUAUCGUGGCACGCCUCAGUUAUGAUGCGGAUGAGCGCGACUUGGAGAAGGAGUUUGGCCGAAUCGGCCCAAUUGAGCGCAUCCGUAUCGUCACCGAUACACAUGCCCACGAGAAACCAAAUAAGAAGAAGAAGCCCCAUCGGGGAUAUGCCUUUGUCGUAUUUGAGCGCGAAAAGGACAUGAGAGGUAAACCCACCCCCACCCCCCUGGUCGGCCAUACCAUUCCUUCCCGGACGUACCUUUUGAGAUGUGGCCCUCAAGCUUGCCCUUCUCUAAGAGUAUACUGUGAGACACAAAAGGGCCCUCAGGCUUGCCCGUCUCAACUUCCUGUUUUUCUUUUGUCAGACACGCUUUAACACGCAAGGUAUUAUUUCAUGGUAAGAUGUACUGACACCUGCGCCAUCUGGCGCAACAAUGAGUAGCUGCUCUAGAUUCUUUAGAUGGAAUUCGCAUCAAGGAUCGACGGAUCAAGGUAGACGUCGAACGAGGCAGAACCGUCAAAGGCUGGAAGCCUCGACGCCUGGGUGGUGGUCUCGGUG